UAACCCCGCAAAAAUGCUUCGGUCCAAUUGCUUUAAUUCUUAUGUGUCAGCCCUUUUUCUGUUGUCGACGAACACGCUCCUCUUUCACACACAACACAUAACCUACAAUGCAAAUCAAAGACAACACUUUCAUUGUUACUGGCGGCGCAAGUGGCCUUGGUGAAGCAACUGUCAAGGAACUUAUCCAACGUGGUGCCAGCGUUGCUAUUUUUGACCUGAACGACGAGGGAGCUCAGGAACUCGCUCAGUCUCUUGGUCCCAAGGCAUUCGCUGCUGGUAAAGUGGAUGUCACUUCGGAAGAAGCUGUGAAGACUGCUAUUGAAAAGACCGUGCAAAAGUUUGGCAAGAUUGCUGGUGUGGUUAACUGUGGUGGCGUUGCCUCUGCUGCAAAGACUGCUCGUCGCGGUGAUGCUAAGCAUACCAUGACAUUGGACAUUUUUGAGUUCACUAUUCGCGUCAAUUUGAUUGGUACUUUUAAUGUUUGCCGUCAAGUCGCUCAGGUUAUGGCAAACCAGGAACCCUUCACUGAGGAUGGUGAACAAGGUGUUAUUAUCAACACUGCGUCCGUCGCUUACCAAGAUGGCCAGACGGGUCAAACUGCCUAUUCAGCAUCCAAGGGUGGUGUUGCAAGCAUGACUCUUCCUAUGGCGCGCGAUUUGGCUUCUGUCGGUGUCCGUGUUAUGGCCAUCGCUCCUGGUAUCUUUGAAACAAACAUGACCUCUGUUAUGCCUGAACGCGCCAAGAAACAGAUCAUCAAGGACGCCAUUUUCCCUAACCGUAUGGGUAAAGCACCAGAAUAUGCUCAGCUGGCAUGUCACAUCAUUGAGAACGGCAUGCUGAGCGGUGAAAUUAUUCGUAUUGACGGUGCCAGCAGAUUGGGCAAAUUGUAAAAUAGGAAGUUUUUAAAUAAUAAUAAUGUACGAAAACAUGUAUGUGUAUAUUAAUGAGAAAUUAUAUCAAAGG